AUGGGGCAGAAGAAAGUUUUGACACUUGUCAUGUUUGUUAUGGCUUAUGGUUUGGCAGCAACAAGAUUCAGUGCCUCUCAAAUCCCUCCAACUUGCAAUGGAGAUGAAGCAUUACUCACAUUUUGUGGGUCUUAUUUGGGGAAUAUCCUACCCAACCCAACUUCUGAUUGUUGUAAAUCAGCAACUUCUGCGUUUGACAGAGCCAUGUCCGACUCCACCGGUCAAGGUAUAAGAGAUCUUUGUGAUUGUCUCAUGGUUGCUGGACCAGUUUUGAACUUUCAACAAACCAAACUUGAAAGCCUUCCUGAUGCUUGCGGGAUUAAGCUUUCCUUUUCUAUAUUCUUAUGUGUAUGA